GUUCAAUCUACACCAACCAACAAUCAACACCAACGUCAACUUUUCACAUAUCCGCACAGUCCGACGUUCUCUGACAGUCGGCGCGCGGACCGGUAAGUGCCGCCAUCUUGUGAACAGUCGCGUGACUGCGCAGUUGGAGCUCACUAGUGCUGGAGAUAGGUCAGCUGUUUCUUUUAUGUUAGUUUUUGUGUGUGUUUAUGCUGCAAUUUUAGUCUUAAGCGCUGAAAAAUGGCGACGGCUGAGUCUAAAGAUGAUGAGGCGGGCAAUGACAAUUAUUAUUUGGAGUUAUCUGUCAAUCCAGUGAGAUUUGAAUCUCUUACUUGUGUCAAUAAUGUUUUUUUUGAUGACUCCAAACAUCAGGUCUUCGCAGUAAGAUCGGGAGGAGUAACAACAGUAACAGGACCAAGCUAUGUAUUUACAUUUAAAAUGGAAGAUAAGGGCCAAGUAAUAUCCAUAAAAUUCUCAGCGGACAUGAAUGUUUUAGCGAUACAGAGAACAUGCACAUCUGUAGAGUUCGUUAAUUAUAACCCGGGUACCGGGUUGGAUGUUGUUGAGUAUUCACAAGCUUGUAAAAGUAAAAAUGCUACUAUUCAAGGGUUCGUUUGGACCCACGGCAAUGAAAUUUUGCUGAUAACUGACCAUGGCGUUGAAUUAUUCUCCGUAAAUCCAGCUAAAAGAAGCGUCAAAGCGUUAAAAUCACUGAGCUUAGGCGUUAAUUGGUACGUUUACUGUCCUAGAAGCAACAUGAUUUUAUUAUCUUCCGGUACUAUUGGAAACCAAAUUCAGGCGCUGCAUAUAACGCCUGGAAAUUUGCAUAAAAUUACUAAAUUUGAAAUAGAAGCAAUACCAGCAAAGCCGGGAACAUUAGCAGUUUCUGAUAGAGAUGUAGUUUUAGCAGUACUGUACGGUACACCGUUCAUUAUUGUUUUGAGACAUCAGUAUGAAGCUAAUAAAUCCAUCAGUGCUUAUGUUUGUGUUUAUACUGUUCAUAAAAUGUUAUCUAUAAAAAAAAGUCAAAUAUUAAAAUUAGAUUUACGAGGAAGAUUUGCUAUUAAUGUUGUUGAUAAUCUUAUUAUUGUUCAUCACCAAGAAUCAAAGACAUCAAUGAUAUUUGACAUAAUGUUAGGAGGAGUAAGUGAUGGCACAGUAAUGCAUCAUACAAGCGUAGCAAUACCAAAACCAAUAAAACCAUACAAUCUCAAAGUACAAGGCGCAACUCUAUCCGUACAAGUUAUCCAGUCUUGCCCGCUCUAUUCGGAAAACUGGGUCGUCUUUCAGCCUAAUAUUAUUAUUGACAGAAAACUAGGAUGCUUGUGGUACAUCGAGUUGCACCUAGAAGCGUUGAUAAAGCUUAUCAAUGAUAAAGUUCAGUUGGUUGAAUUCCUAAUCCAGCGGAAAGACGCAAAACCCAUUCUGUUACAAGUACUGCAGAAUUAUGUUAAUGAUUUGCCUAUGACGCUGAUAGAUAUACCAGCUAUCUUUGAUAAAAUUGAUUCUGUUUAUCGGGGUCACUUGGAAAAUGAAAUUCGAAGCCAGAUGGGUACACCUCUACAAAAUGUAUCUAAAAAUACAGAAACAUUCGAGGACCUUUCGUAUAAAUUAUUGCUGGAUCAAAGUGAUAUGUAUACACAUAUAUUGUCAAAAUUUUCGGCUGAUUUAAUUGAACCAAAAAUGGUUGUUUGGGUGUUACUAGAGUAUAUUCGGUCAUUAGUAGAGCAUGGAAUACCAGUCCAACAUUUUAUAUACGAGUUAGUAAUAACGACUUUAGUUCAACGCAAAGCGUACUAUCAGUUGCAUCAGUUGCUCCAGUACCACGUUGUAGCUGACUCAAAACCAUUGGCUUGUUUGCUUUUAUCCUUGGAAAAUUUGUACCCAGCGGCUCAUCAAUUAGCACUGGACAUGCUAAAACGUUUAGGGAGCGCGCAUGAGGAAAUAAUUGAAGUUCUGUUAUCCAAGGGCCAUAUACUUCCUGCCUUGAGGUACGUACGUUCAGUAGGAAUGGCCGACCAGGUAUCAGCCAGAAAAUUUCUCGAGGCCGCCAAAGCGAUUAACGAUCCCACUAUUUUCCAUUCCGUCUAUAAAUUUUUCGAACAACGCAACGUCAGGUUACAUAAUACAACAGCAUUCACCCGCGGGGAGCAUUGUCAGUCUUACGUACAAUAUUUCGAACAUUUAUUCCGCGGAAAUGAUGGAGUCCUCAACACCAGUUUCAAUUCGAGCAUGUCUACUAUUUCUCUGCAAGACUAAAGUACUUUUUUAUUACACUAACCAAUUUACAAGUGCAAUUAGUUUGUAAUAUAAAUAUAAAUAUAUAAAUUUAUUUCAAUUUCAA